AUGUCUGGAAACAACUUGGAGGGCAAAAUUCUAUCCCUUCACAACAUGACUUCUUUGAGGGUGGUUAGAUUUGAUGAGAACAAUUUAAAUGGAAGUCUACCAAAUGACUUUUUCAACCAACUUCCUCUACUUGAAAAUUUUACUUUAUACUCCAAUCAAUUUGAAGGAAGCAUUCCACAAUCAAUUGGAAACUGCACAUCUCUCACAUUCUUAGGUCUAGCAACGAACUUUUUCUCAGGUUGGAUACCAGAAGAAAUUGGCUAUCUUGACAAACUUAAGUUUCUAAUAUUGGCAAACAAUAGCUUAACUGGUUCUAUUCCUUCCAAACUCCUCAACAUGUCUACAUUGACAUACUUGCAUCUUGAACAAAAUUACAUGUCAGGCAAAAUUCCAUCAAAUGCAAGAUAUAGCCUUCCUAGCAUGCAACAACUACACUUGAGUUUUAACAACUUUGUUGGAAAUAUUCCAAAUAACAUAUUCAAUGCUUCUAAGCUCAUUCAAUUACAAUUGAGUUACAAUGCAUUCAAUGGAACUCUACCCAAUAUUGCUUUUGGAGAUUUGAGGUUCCUUCAAGGGUUUCUCGUAAAUGACAACGAUUUAACCAUAGAUGAUACUCUUCAACUCUUUACUUUCCUGGCAAGUUGUAGACAAUUGAAAUAUAUAGACAUAUCAAGAAAUCAUAUACAAUCCAGACUUCCUAAGUCAAUUGGAAACAUAACUUCAGAAAGCUUUAUGGUUGAAUCAUGUGGAAUUGAUGGUGAUAUUCCCCUAGAAGCUGGAAACAUGAGCAACUUGUUAUAUUUUUCUCUAAAUGGGAAUAAUAUAAACGGACCAAUACCUGGAACAUUCAAAGGGUUACAAAAACUUCAGAUGUUGGAUCUUGGCAACAAUGGAUUGCAAGGAUCAUUUAUUGAGAAGCUUUGUGAACUUGGGAGUUUGAGUGAGUUGUAUCUACAAAAUAAUAAGCUUUCUGGUGUUUUACCAACUUGUUUGGGAAAUAUGAUUUCUCUGAGAAAGUUACACAUAGGAUCCAACAAGUUCAACUCAAAGAUACCUUUCUCUCUUUGGGGUCUUAGAGAUAUCUUGGAGGUAAAUUUGUCCUCUAAUAUUUUCAUGGGAAAUCUUCCACCUGAUAUUGGGAACUUGAGAGCAAUCAUACUAUUAGAUCUAUCAAGUAAUCAAAUUUCAAGCAACAUUCCUUCAACAAUCAGUUUCAUAAAAACUUUGCAGAAUCUUUCCUUAGCGCAUAACAAACUUUACGGGUCGAUUCCCACAUCACUUGGUGACAUGGUAAGCUUGAUCUCCUUGGACUUGUCCCAAAAUUUGUUAACCGGUGUUAUUCCAAACACCUUAACAUCUCUUUCGUAUCUUCGAAACAUCAAUUUUUCAUACAAUAGAUUACAAGGAGAGAUUCCUGAUGGUGGACCUUUCAAGAAUUUCACAGCUCAGUCAUUUAUGCAUAAUGAAGCACUUUGCGGAAAUCCUCGCCUACAAGUACCUCCAUGUGGUACACAAGUUAAAAAAAAAUCACUGGCAAAGAAUUUAUUACUCAAAUGCAUACUUCCGAUAGUUGUUUCGAUCACUGUGGUUGUUGCAUGCAUAAUACUUUUAAAAGUUAAUAAAAGAAAAAAGGUUGAAAAUAUUCUUGAAAGAGGUUUAUCAACUUUAGGGGCUCCAAGAAGAAUUUCCUACUAUGAACUUGUGCAAGCAACAAAUGGAUUCAAUGAAGAUAAUCUAAUUGGAAGGGGUGGCUUUGGCUCUGUGUAUCAGGGAAAACUUCUUGAUGGUGAGAUGAUUGCAGUAAAAGUAAUUGGUUUGAACUCAGAGGCAAAAUCAAAAAGCUUUGAUACAGAAUGCAAUGCAUUGAGAAAUUUAAGACAUCGAAAUUUAGUUAAGAUUAUCAGCAGUUGCUCAAAUCUUGAUUUCAAGUCAUUAGUGAUGGAGUUCAUGUCAAAUGGAAGUGUGGACCAAUGGUUAUAUUCAGAUAAUGUUUACUUAAAUUUCAUGCAAAGGUUAAAUAUAAUGAUAGAUGUUGCCUCUGCAUUGGAAUAUCUGCAUCAUGGUUCUUCAACACCCGUGGUUCAUUGCGAUCUAAAGCCUACUAAUGUAUUGUUGGAUGAUGAUAUGGUUGCACGUGUUAGCGAUUUUGGUAUUGCAAAGCUCAUGGAUGAAGAACAAUCUAAAACUCAUACACAGACUUUGGCUACUCUUGGAUACCUUGCACCAGAGUAUGGCUCUAAAGGAAUUGUUUCUAGAAAAGGAGAUGUAUACAGCUAUGGAAUUAUGCUAAUGGAAAUCUUCACCAGAAGAAAGCCAACAGAUGAUAUGUUUGAUGCAGACCUAAGUUUGAAAACAUGGAUCAUGGGAUCAUUGCCUAGUUCAAUUAUGGAGGUUGUGGAUUCUAAUUUAAUCCAACAAAAUGAAAAACAAAUCGAUGACAUGUUGACUUAUAUGCCAUCUAUUUUUGGUCUAGCCUUGAAUUGUUGUGAGCAUUCACCUGAAGCAAGAAUUAAUAUGACAGAUGUUAGUGUGUCACUAAUCAAAAUCAAAACUAUGGUCCAAGACAAGAAUAGGGUCUAG